GCUGGAAAGAGGUAGUCUGUGACAAUUACUGUAGUGACCGAUCCCGGGAAAUAGUAGCGAUUAAGAGAGAGAGAGAGAGAGAGAGAGAGAGAGAGAGAGUCGACGGUGUUCUGGGGGAGGAAGGAGUAAUAGCGAUUAAGCGAGAGAGAGAGAGAGAGAGAGAGAGAGAGAGAGAGAGAGAGAGAGAGAGUCGACGGUCUUGUGGGGGAGGACGGAGAGCGGACGAAGGGGGGGGCACUGCGCACUCAACUCGACGUUUGAAGGGGAUGGCGGCCGCGGGAGGGGGCGCUCCCCGUAUGCGGGAUGUGGAGAGGGUGGGUAGAGGGGUGGCCCUUGUCUUAAGCGAAUCGCUGGAAACGAGCCCGACCGUUCGAUCUCUUCGACGGGGGGAUAUCAUGGGCGCGCUUUCGGAUGCACUGCGCGCCAUCGGAGACACCGUGUCCGCCAUUGGCGGAAGCAGCGUGCAAGAUUUUGGCCCCUCGAGUGGCGGCCUUCCGCCUCGCAGCGCGCCGAGCGCCGGCGGCGGGCGAGGCGGCGGACAUGGAUCUUCCCCCGCUGGUCAGCGGAUCGCCCCGGCGGCGGAAGGCACGACUCUGGGUGUUGUCCGGCGCGAUCCCCGCGGGGGAGCGCCCGUCAGAGCGCGGCGGGAGGGGGGGGAGCACGAAUCAACCAAGCAGAAGGACCAGGGUGACGGAACGGAGGCUAACGACGGAAAACUUAACGGAACGGAACGAUUGAUGAGCGGAGCUACUGCCAUGAGGACAUUCGAGAAGCCGGUCGCUGCUUCUGCUGGCGUUUCAGCUAUUGUGGAAAACGUCCCUCCGUCUUCUUCUGCUGGCGUUUCAGCUAUGGCGGAAGACCUCCCUCCUUCUUCUUCUUCCUCUUCUUCUUCCUCUUCUUCUUUUUCUGUUGACGGAGUAGUAAGAGAUGGAGGUAAAAAGCCGUCGAAAAUGUCCGUCUUGCCAAAUGCUGCUGCUGUGGAGAAAGAAGAGAGAGGAGGAAGAAGGGGAUGGGAAGGAGUGGCUAUGGCGGCGGCAGAGAGGACGAAGAGAGACGAGGAAGAAGAAGAAAAUCAUGUCUUACGGAACGACGUGGAGAUGGAGGCGAAGGAGGAGAAUGUGUUGACAUCUGGAAAAAGAAAUGAAGCCGAAGGACAGGUGCCGCCAUCGCCAUCACCAUCGCCAGCAUCGGACUUGGGAGAGAGGUUGAAGAAGGAAGAUGGAGUAGGGGAAUCUAGGGCGAAGGUGGAGUUGCCUGCUUCGAAGCCUAAACCUCGAGAGCGAAGAGUGCCCUCCACUCCUCUGGCGCGUGUGAUUGGGUUUGGAGGUCUGGCGGCGGGGUUGGUGUUUGGAACUUUGCGAGAAUCGGCAAGGAGGGCAUGGGAAGGUGUACCACUCAGAAACACCCCAAAAGGGGGAGAAAAUGGGACAAAUGGCGGAGCCACCACCUCCUCCUCCCCCCCAACAUACAGCGCCGUCAUCAACGAGCGGAAUGCUGAAAGACUUGCAGCAGCACUGUGCAGGAACGAGGAGAAAUUGAGGCUUGUGGGCAAGAGACAAAGGCAAAGAGAGAGGAGGGAGAAUGAGAGAGGUGAUGGGGGAAGAGGAGGGAGAAUCAGAGAGGUUCUUGGAGCGCUGGAAAGAGUACGCCAAGGUGCCGAUAUCAUGCCAAAAUCGCAACUCGAGCAAGUGCUGACGUCAGAGCUAGGGCUCGAGUGGAGGAAACCUCUCAGAGAGUUCACAGACCAGCCGAUUGCUGCGGCAAGCAUAGGUCAAGUCCAUCGGGCUGUGCUGGCAGAGAACGGUAUGGAAGUUGCGAUGAAGGUUCAGUACCCUGGAGUUGCAGAGAGCAUCGAUAGUGACAUCGAGAAUCUUCGGCGCUUGCUCAUGUUCACCAAUUUCAUACCGAAAGGACUUUACCUCGACCACGCAGUAAAGAUAGCCAAGGAGGAGCUGGCACGCGAAUGCGAUUACCAUUUAGAAGCGGCGAAUCAGCAGAGGUUCAAGGAGCUCUUGCAAGGGAUGGAUGGUUUCUAUCGGAAGAUCAUGUUGAUCGACUUUGGCGCUGCACGGGACUACCCAAAGCCGUUUGUCGACGAUUACCUGCGCAUGGUUAGAGCUUGUGCAGACAGAGAUCGGCAAGGGGUGUUGGAGUAUUCGCGCCGACUUGGAUUCCUAACGGGUGAAGAGUCCGAGGUGAUGCUGGAUGCGCACACGGAAGCUUCUUUCGUCGUCGGCAUGCCCUUUUCGGAAACCGGGGGCUUCGACUUCCGCGCCACAAACUUGACGCGACGAGUGACCGCCCUUGGCGCUGUCAUGCUCAAUCAUCGUCUCACGCCACCGCCAGACGAGGCCUACAGUCUGCACAGAAAACUAUCUGGUGCAUUUCUAGUGUGUAUCAAGCUCGGGGCGGUGGUGCCUUGUCGGGAGAUGUUUCUAAAAGUGUACGAGGAUUAUUCCUUUGGCGGAGACGGCGACGGGGGGGCAAAGCGCGGAGAAGGGGAGCUUGCUGCUGCUUGACAGAUUCCCCUACUGCUAGCGUCAUUCCCCCCUUAGGCAUCAGUUCAAUUUGGGCCUCCAUUUUUUUGUCCCUCUACUUUGGACGUUGCUACGGCCCAUCCAUAGGGCCUCAUUGGUGGGGUUUGGGGGUGGGGAGCUGCAGGGGUGCAUUGUUUUCCUUCAGGCUUUCAACCGUGCCUCCAUUUGGGUUUCAUUUGGGCUGUAUUUGGGUCACAUUUGUGCCUUGCGGGGUCCAUUUGUGCCCCCAUCCGUGCACUCAUUUGGGCCCCAUAAUUCAUCAGGCUUUCAUUUGGGCCCCAUUUGGGUUUCAUUUGGGCUGUAUUUGGGUCACAUUUGUGCUUUGCGGGGCCCAUUUGUGCCCCCAUCUGUGCCCUUAUUUGGGCCCCAUUUGUAGCCCAUGUGUGUCCCUGUUUCAGCCUUGUUUGAGGGGAGGGGAGUUGCCUUUCAAUGGCUUUCGUUUGAGAUUUCAAGUGUGCCCGUAUUUGGGUCUCAUUUGGGUCUCAUUUGGGUCUUAUUUGGGUCUCAUUUGGGUCUAAUUCGGGGUGCGUUGAGGCUGAAUACUUUUACGGUUCACGGGGCCAUUUGCGCCUCCGUCUGUACCCUCAUUUGUGGCCUUAUCUGGGCCCUAUUUGUGCCUUGUUUGUAUCCCCACCUGCCCUUCGCCCCCCUCUCCCCUUGACCCUCAACUGCGUGCCGUUUUGGCACUUUUUUGGGGCCAGUUUGGGCCUAUAGGGAUCCCUUCUUCUUUCAGUGCGUUUUCUAAUUUCCUGAUAUGUUUUGGUUCCCUUCUUCUUUCAGUAACCUUCCUUGGAAGUGCAUUUUACAUUUUGCAUUAUUUAAAUUUAUUUUCGUAUAAUUUCGAAUUUUCAAUUUUCCUGAUAUCAUUUGGCGCCCCGCUGCUUCCCUUUCGGUUCCUUCUGCACACACUCCAUUAGAGUUUUCACUCAUUCACUCACUCACUUGGGAUUGGGCCUCGGUCCACUACUCACCAAAUGUGCAAAAUGAGAAUGAAUCUUCCGCUAGAAC